AUGAGUCUAGCCAGCCAGAAGCUCUCAGGCGGUGUUUCCUCCAGCAGUCCCAUUCGGGAGGACGCAGUGAAUUAUUCCCGAGCUGCAGUAGCAGAUCCUCUCUGCCAGCUCGGCACAAUUAUCACUUCACCAGCCUCCUUAAAGAAACCCCCAGUGUUUGACUUUCUUAUGGCAGCCACGAUCUGGACGUGCAGCGGCGACACGGGGUCCAUUGCCAAGCACCUGGCAUUGCAAGUUGCUCUGAUCAUUGGCAAGAGCAAAGGGAACAAAUGUCCAGUUUUGCAAAACAAAGUAUUUAAGAAAGCGAGUCCCAAUGGAAAGCUCACCGUCUACCUUGGGAAGAGGGACUUUGUCGACCACAUAGAUGUUGUGGAUCCUGUUGAUGGCGUGGUGCUGGUUGAUCCAGAGUACUUAAAAGAAAGGAAAGUCUUUGUCACGCUGACAUGCGCCUUCCGCUACGGACGGGAGGAUCUGGACGUGCUGGGACUGACCUUUCGGAAGGACCUGUUUGUGGCCAACAUCCAGGCCUUCCCCCCGGUCCCUGAGGAGAAGAAACCCCUGACUCGACUCCAGGAGCGGCUGAUGAAGAAGCUCGGCGAGCAUGCUUACCCCUUCACUUUCGAGAUCCCUCCCAACCUGCCGUGUUCCGUCACACUGCAGCCUGGACCGGAGGACACGGGGAAGGCCUGUGGCGUUGACUACGAGGUGAAAGCUUUCUGUGCAGAGAACCUGGAGGAGAAAAUCCACAAGAGGAAUUCCGUGCGCCUGGUGAUCCGCAAAGUGCAGUACGCGCCGGAGCGACCGGGCCCCCAGCCCAUGGCAGAGACCACCAGGCAGUUCCUAAUGUCCGACAAGCCGCUGCAUCUGGAGGCGUCCCUGGACAAGGAGAUUUACUACCAUGGCGAGCCAAUCAACGUCAACGUCCAUGUGACAAACAAUACAAACAAGACAGUGAAGAAGAUUAAAAUCUCAGUGCGCCAGUACGCGGACAUCUGCCUGUUCAACACUGCUCAGUACAAGUGCCCCGUGGCUGUGGAAGAGGCAGAUGAUGUGGUGGCUCCGAGUUCGACGUUCUGCAAAGUCUACACGCUGACCCCCUUUCUCGCCAACAACCGGGAGAAGCGGGGCCUGGCCCUGGAUGGGAAGCUUAAACAUGAAGACACCAAUCUGGCUUCCAGCACGUUACUAAGAGAUGGAGCCAAUAAGGAGAUUCUGGGAAUCAUUGUCUCAUAUAAAGUGAAAGUGAAGCUGGUGGUGUCUCGGGGAGGCCUGCUGGGAGAUCUUGCAUCCAGUGACGUUGCGGUGGAGCUGCCUUUCACACUGAUGCACCCCAAGCCCAAGGAAGAGCCCUUGCACCGGGAUGUUCCAGAGAAUGAAGCUCCCAUAGAUACAAAUCUGAUAGAGCUUGAUACAAAUGAUGACGACAUUGUGUUCGAAGACUUCGCCCGACAGAGACUGAAGGGCAUGAAAGACGACAAGGAGGAAGACGAGGAGGGGACAAACUCGCCGCAGCUGAAUGACAGAUAAACGGGAUUCUUUUAACCAGUUUUGUUUGUUUCCGGUAACAUCUCUGCAGUAGGCUUCUUAUAUUUUGUAUGAUUUUUUUUUCUACAUGUACCGGGAGCCUAUGGAUCACCCAGAUGGUGACGGCAAGUAUAACCUUACAGCUGUGCCAUGUUAUCACUGUGCAUCUAGCUACCUAUGCUGAAGUCUCGUCAGCUGUCUCGAGAACGAGCACAGGGUGGUGGGCCAGAUCCAAGGGGAACUGCAGCAAUCAGGUGUCACCGACGCUCCGCACCCCUUAGGAUUUGGCCCCCUCUAGUCCCUAGCCCUGUUUUCACUCUGGAGCAGCUGCUCUCAGCCUUUCAUAUGAUCUGCAUCUUUUAUGCAUUUUAUAUAAUCCACACAAGACAAAUCUUUGUUACAGGGGUGGGAGGAAGGGGUGGGGCGGACAACGCCUGUGAAAGGGGUUUAUUUUCUAGGCAAAUUCUUUUCACUGCAGAUGGGACAGUGUAUAAAGUGGGCACAGUGCUACACCCUGGCUGGAGAACAGUUGUGACACCAAUCUGCUGACCACACUGAGUCCCGGGCUGUGACCCGCCCUCCCUGCGGUUCACAGCCUAUUGGCAAAGCAGGCCGGUCUGUGCAUGGCUCAUCUGGGCCAAGAGCCUUGCCGACCGUUAGCACAGAGCCCGAGCCCCAACCUCAGCACUGUUGGCCCCCAGCCCCUGUCCCUCACCUUGCUGGCUGAUGGCAAGGAUCUCCCUCGCUCGAGGGCAACUAGACUCCCCAGUGUGGGUCCCAUGCUGGCCCUGCUUUGACCCCUGUACUCCCACCAGGAUCCUAGCCCCACACAGGGUCUUGCAGGAAGUGGGGGAGGACUGGCUGGGCCAGGGCGCUCCUGCUGGCCACUCAGGGAGGCUGUGCAGAGCCCCCUGUUAGCUGCAGGCAGGGCUGGACAAGGGUUGCUGCCUGAGGGAAGCAUCCCCUUACGUGAUCCCUGCCAGUUCCAGUCAGCUCCUACAGAGUCAGGAGAAAGGGGCCACUAGGGGAUCGACCUCACUAUCUUAGUUUCUUCUGCAACACACUGGCCCCCCUAGUCCGGCGUGUUUAGAGGAGGUAUGACAGGAAACGGUUUUUGUGUCCGUCACCAGAGAGAGAGAUGGUCACCAGCAGUUCAGACAUGUGCUCAGAGCGCUGGCUCCCAGGGUGGAGACCGUAGGGCUGGGGAACCGCUGCUCUGGGAUCUGCUGCCUGUCUCCCAUUCUGCACCUUGUGUGCCGUGCCAUGGACUUGGGCUGCUCGUGAUCGCAAGCUGCAGCCGUUCCGAGUGAGUUCUGAUGCCCGCUGGCACAUGGGAGGCAGUGGGCACCAGCCGGCCCAGCCUCAGCCUGGCGAACUGGCAUCAUUGCUCUUUAAGGACGAGACCGACUGCGUUUGGACAUUGCCAGGUGGUGAGAGGUUCUGUGGCAGGUGAGAGGGGCCAGCUGCAGGAGGCAGGAAUCAGUCAGUCAGGCUGAUAGUCUAUGGCGACUGCUCAGUUGUUAGCACGGGGAUACAUGUGCCUCACUGUGAACACAGCCACCUUCUCUCCCGCCAGCCGGCGCGCACGGCUGUGCAUAGACCAGGCCGUGCGCUGUCCCACGCUGUUCCCUACCCCAUAGGUCUGGCGUGUGGCUGGGGGGCUGUGAAAUGCUGAGCGCUGGGAUCCCUCGGGUUAAGAGAGGAAGGUGAAAGUGGCAAUUUCCGGGCCUAGGCAUGACGAGAGAAACAGGCAAGAUGCUAGUCCCAGUCCCUUCCAGCACGGGAGCAAGGGAAUGGUCCUAGGGUGAGGCCUUAGAAGGAAGUAACUGCCUCCUAGGCUUUGCCUUUCUAGUUCCUCCAUAAAGGCUAUGGACGAGGUUGUUUGAGUCAUAAGAGACCAAGGCAAAAUGCUCUGCAGCCUGUAUGAGUUUUGGCUGAGUUUUGGCCUUAGGACAAGUCCCCGCAGAGUGGCUGGAACAGGGCGGUGAGCUGCACAUUUGGUGUUUGCGUUUAUUCAGCUCCACGGCCACGCACACGCCUGACCCUAGGAAUGCAGGAGACAGAAAUCCAGGAGAGGUCGGUGGUGUUUGAUUUGCAGGGCCAAUGGGAUUGGACGAGGCUGAUCCUGUGACUGAAGAUAACACGUUGAAGCCAAAGUAUCGUUGAGUCUUGGAAACCCGCAACGUUUUUAUCUUCUGUGCCAGGACUGCAUGCGUGUGUAUGUAUAUCACACACACACACACUCUCUCACUGGCUAGUCAAUAGCGGCCAGCUUAGAUUUAAACAAAACCUUUCACACUGGGAGAAAGAAAUAGCCAGCUCUCCCGUGGCAGUCUUCAGCCCGUAAUCCAUUCCUCCCUCGUGGGCCUCUUAGGACACUGAGGACUCAGACAACCCCCAUCUCCAUGCUCUGUACUGAAGGAACCUGUUCUGCAGCUCCUGCUGCCCACUGUUGAUUUUCUCUCUCCUUUCCACACAAUGGACAAAAAUCAUCCCUGGUGCAACUCCAGUGAUGUUUUUGGGCUUCCCUCAGGGCUAGAUUUGGUCCAUCUUUGCUCCCCUCUCUUCCUCUGCCCUCAAGGAUUAUUUAACUGUCUAAAUGAUUUGAGAGACAGUUUAGAGGAAAGAUGCCCCUUGGGAUAAAGUUCUGUUGUGGUGAGCUGCAUCCAUGCGGGCUCUUCUGGGCCCAUGAGAAACCAUCUUCUCCUGUCAACCCUCAGAGAACCCAGUGUGAGCGCGCUCCAUCUGAUAUAUUCUCCACGCCUUUUCUGGGUACCUCGAGGCCUGCUGAUACUGGUGUUCGCAAUGUUGUGACUGUGUUGGUCCCAGAAUAUGAGAGCGACAAGCUGGGUGAGGGAAUAGCCUUUAUGGGGGUGAAAGAGCCAAGCUUUUGAGCUCUUCUCCAGGUCUGGGGCUGGUACUCGGAGUCACAGCUCAGAGCAAGGUGGGACAGGUUAUUAGACAUAAGGAGGUAACAUAUGUUGCCAGAGAUCAAUUACAGUGAAGUGGGAAAUUAACACCUCUGCAGUCCUAGGACAAAGGCUGGUUAGUAGGUUACAAAUUGUAACAAGCCAUAAAACCAGGACCAUGCCUUUUGGUGUCUAGCCGCAUUCUCAAUUUAAGUUCCCAGGCUCGUCUUUUGAAGGCAGCGUGAAGAUUUCCUUUGAGGAGCAGGAGUGGGAGAAGUGUUCACCCGUGAUGAUAGGGUGUUUUGGUCUCAUAAUUUUGCUAUGUGAGUGAGUUCAUUCAACAGUCUGGUUUCACCCACACAGUUAUUGUUGGGGCAUUUGCUGUAAUGGGUCAUGUACAUCACAUGUUGAGAUAGGCACAUGUAGGGCCCAUGUGUUGUGAAAGGCAGGUUGAGGGGAGUGCUGGUCACUGUAACAGUGGAGAGAUGUCUGCAGGUUUCACAUCUGUUCUGGCAGAGUCUGGUGCCGCUCUCAGUUGAUGGGCCUGGAUGUGUCUUGCUUCUGCAGAUGAGGUUGGCAGGUUUGGGGGUGUUAUUUGAAGGCCAGAAGAGUGGGUUCAGGAAAGAUUGAAAUGCUGGGACUCUUCAGAGUGGAGAUGAGUAAGAGAGGGCAUGAGGAAGGCAUACAAAGUAAUGGGAUGGAGAAAGGAAAUCAGCUGCUCUUAUUUCACAACACAAGGACAAAGGGGCACUCUGUGAAACUGAUUCCUUACACACAACAAGAAUAACUUGUGGAACUCACUACCACAGGACAUCCGAGCACAGAACAGAGGAGGGUUUAAAAGAGGAGCUGAAAGUCAGAUGUGACAACAGCCACAAUUUCAGGAGAGGAGAUAAAAAUUUUAUUUUUAGAAGGGAUCAAAACCUGUAGGCUUCAGGCAUUAGCCGACUUCUAACUGGUGCAGUGGGCGAGGGCAGGAUAGGAAGACAUUUCCCCUAUGGCAAGAAUGUUCUAUCCACUGGGAAGCUCCUUGCAUCUAUCUUGGAAACAUCUGUUCCUGACCAAUGGCGAAGACAGGCCCCUGAGCUAGUUGGUCUGACGCAUUGGCUGAUUGCUGCCAGGUGGUCACUCCCUCGCAGGCAGAGCCCAGGAUGACUGUAGAAUGGAGGCAGCGGCUGGGAAUAUCCCUGACUGGCAGGUGGGGCUCAGGACGUUCUGUUGAGUCUGGUUUGAAUCCAGCGCUGGCUAAGAUCUCGCAGGGAAGCACUUAUAGUAACAGCAGCCUUGUGCGACAGUUCGUUUGGGCACUCGCUAGGUUGGGGGAGGGGUGGGGAGUAGCCAAGGAAAAGUCUCCCAUUUAGUAAAUGCUGAGGAACACGUCAGAGCCAUACCUAAUAGGGGGAAGGGAAGGUGGCCAUGUGUGCCCUAGGGAUAGGGAAGUUACGAGUGGUUGAGACGGAGCAGCGUGCCAAAGAGAAGUGGCGUGAGCAUGGUGUUUAGGUCAUGGUGUGUGCGGGGAGGCUACUUUGACUGACAGCUGCUGUGACCUGCUUUCCCAGCUAUUGGCCUCUCUCCCAGUCCAUCGGCAUGUGUGUUCUACCAGCUUAGGCUUCCUUACACUGGGUGAGUUGGAGGCCAUAGGUGCUGGAAUUGCGAGUGCUGGGGGGUGCGGCAGUACCCUGUGACUUGAAGUGGAUUCCAUUAUGUACAGGAUUUACAGCAUGGUUCAGUGGCUCUCAGCCCCCCUCGCCCCCCGUGCUCAGAUGCUGAUCUCAUUUGCGCAGGUGUAGCUCCAGAAUAGCACCAUUGACCCCCAGCAGAGCUGCUGCAGAGAUCCCAGCGUAACUCAGCUCAGCAUUUUGCUUUGUGGGCUGAAGUCAUUCCUGGUGGAAUUGCAUUGUACCAAGCGGAGUGAUUAACGUGCCCCAGUGAAAAUUCCCUAGGGCCUGAGCCAAAGUCCACUGAAACUAGUGGGUGCCUCAUUCAGACUCCACUUGACUUCAGAGGUUUUGGAUCAGGCCAUUAACAGUGUAUCACUUCCACCACCAGGUGUGUGUAAAAUUUCCCUGCCAACACCGUGCUGGAUUUCGGGCAACUGCAUGUGCCAGUGGGUGAUUUACCCCCGUCACAGGCGCUCUCACAGCCAGCGGUGCUCGCUAGCUUAGGCAGUGCUCCUGGCUCUAGCGAGGGCCCAGCGACACUUCGAGGCUUGCUAGUUGGACGUUAAGCUCUGUAGCAUUACACCCAAUGAAAGAAGUAACAAUCCAUCCUCUGGGAGAAAAAAAUAACCCAGACAACAGUGGAUGAGAUCAUGUAUAGUCAGACAGCGCCUUCUGUACCAUCCCCGACACACCCAUCGAGGCGGCAGCGAUCUCACCGAUGAGUUAGUUCUAUUCAAUAACUAUCUUUGCCCUUAUUCAUUACUCACCUGCAUUCAGCAUGAACGUUCGGAGACCGUGCAUUGGCCAUUCGAUCUGUAUAUACGCACGUCGGGCACGCUAGAGAGAGACAGAGAAAACCAACCGUUGUUAUUUUUAGGUAACCUGACUGGGCAAUGUGGUACUUUUUGUAAAGUGGUUACUUUGUACUGUUCAUUGAGAACUUGCUUCUUCGGUUUCUCCCCUGUAUCUGUGACGUUUCUGUGUUCUGUCAAAUAAAUUAUUCUAGUUUAUUAAACUCAGAGAAG